CCAAAUCUGAAAACACGGACAGGAAGAAACACUCAUAUGUGAAUGUUGUUAAUGUAGGCUAUAUAACUACCUCUCAUCCACCCAGAAUACUUCAUGUCUGAGUGAUCCGGUUCAGUCUUCAGAUGAACGUGAUGCUCAGUCAGGAUCAGGUGUCCUUCAUAGGACUGGCGUUUGAGACUUAUGUGAUGGAGCACCACAAGAAUGACAUCCUCCAGAUCUUCCAGGAGGCCAGUGAAGAUGCUCACUAUCCUGUUGUAGUGAAUGCCAUGACCUUAUUCGAGGACAAUAUGGAGGUUGGAGAGUGUUUCAAUGCGUUCCCCAGCCAGGUGCUGCCUGUAUUUGACAAUGCCCUGCACAGAGUAGCCCAGACCAUAUCUCAGUCUUCUUCCUCACCGCAGGAGAGUUUCAAACUCAAACACAAUCUGCAUGUUCGUAUAUCAGGUUUACCUAUGUGUCCCGAGCUGACCAGAGAUCACAUUCCUAAAGCUAGAGACGUGGGCCACUUCCUGUCCGUCACGGGCACGGUCAUCCGCACCAGUGUGACUAAAGUGCUGGAGUAUGAGAGAGACUACAUGUGCAAUAAAUGCAGGAACGUGUUCUCCGUGCAGGCCUCUUUUGAGCAGUUUUACACCUUCACUCCACCCACCAGCUGCCCCAAUGAGGAAGGAUGUAAUUCUUUCAAAUUCACCUGCCUGUCAGGAAGUGACGCCCCUCCGGCCGCCUGCAAGGACUACCAGGAGAUCAAAAUCCAAGAGCAGGUACAGAAACUGUCAGUGGGCAGUAUCCCUCGAUCUAUGCUCAUCAUCCUGGAGGAUGAUCUUGUGGACAGCUGCAAAUCAGGCGAUGACAUCACAGUGUAUGGAGUUGUGUGUCAGCGCUGGAAGCCGAUGUUUCUGGAUUGCCGCUGUGAUGUGGAGAUUGUGCUGAAAGCAAACUAUAUCGAGGUCAACAAUGAGCAGUCCACCACAGCACUGGUGCUGGAAGACAUUCAGAAGGAGUUUUGCAGGAAUGAGAUCUUGAUGAGUCUUUGCCCUCAGGUGUUCGGCAUGUACGUUGUCAAGCUGGCUGUUGCUAUGGUUUUGGCAGGUGGGGUACAGAGAAUAGAUGUGUCUGGAACCAAGGUGAGAGGAGAGUCUCAUCUGUUGCUCGUGGGCGAUCCAGGCACUGGGAAGUCACAGUUUCUGAAGUACGCGGCUAAGAUUACACCACGCUCUGUGCUUACUGCAGGAAUCGGAUCUACUAAUGCAGGUCUGACAGUGGCGGCUGUUAAGGACUCUGGACAGUGGCAUCUGGAGGCAGGAGCCCUCGUUCUCUCUGAUGGAGGUCUGUGCUGCAUCGAUGAAUUCAACAGCAUCAAAGAACAUGACCGCACCAGCAUCCACGAGGCCAUGGAGCAACAAACCAUCAGUGUGGCCAAAGCCGGAAUGGUGUGCAAACUGGACACAAGGACCACCAUCCUGGCAGCUACAAACCCAAAGGGGCAGUAUGACCCUAAUGUCUCAGUUUCUGUGAACGUGGCCCUCGCCAGCCCCCUCCUGAGCCGCUUUGACCUCGUACUGGUUCUGCUGGAUACUAAAAACCCAGAAUGGGACAAAAUAAUCUCCUCCUUUAUCCUGCAGAAUAAAGGUUUGUCCCAAAGAAGAAUCUUUUGUUUUGUGAUAUCAGGGUUUUUCAAAACGCUAAUCAAGACUCUUAAGCCUUGUAUAACACAGGAAGCAAACACCAUCCUGAGCCGCUACUAUCAGCUGCAGAGACAGAGCGACAGCCGUAACGCCGCCCGGACGACCAUCCGCAUGCUGGAGAGUCUCAGCCGCCUCGCCGAGGCUCAUGCCAGGCUGAUGUUCAGAGAGACGGUGACAGUAGAGGACGCUGUUGUUGUGGUGUCUGUUAUGGAGUGCUCCAUGCAGGGAGGCGCUCUACUUGGAAAUGUGAAUGCUCUACACACCUCUUUCCCUGACGACCCCUGUGAACAGUAUAAAACACAGUGUGAGAUUGUGCUUGAGAGACUGGGAUUGACUGAUAUCCUACAGAAAGAACUGCAAAGACUUUCAAGGCUAAAUAGCAGAAGACCGGACUUCCCUAAAGGGACCGAACCACGUAGUGACCACACCAGCGAGCGUCCAACUGGUCAGAAUCACAGUAAUGGUGAGGUGACCACUGAUUCAGACCCCAGCCUGGACUGGUUCCACUCCUUAUCCAGCUCCGUCGUUCACACCUCCCCCGUCAUUACCUCCACACAGAACGCCGCCACCACCACACUGGGCGGCACGGCGGUGUUACCUAGCAACAGCCGUUCCAUACGCCGCAAGGGUUCUGCGUGGGAGAAGGAUGAGGAUCCAUCCGUGGUUGAGGCUGUUGCGGAAAAGGGCUUCAAAAAGCUCAGAGCCAAACGGUUGAAAGAGAUGAAAGCAUCCCUCCUGCUGAGCGAGGAACGAGUUUUAGGAGAGACAGGCGACGAUUUAGAGGAGAUAUUCUCCCACAGUACACCCAAAACGGGGAAGAAACCCUCAAAAAGAAAAAACACAACCAUCAGUCCUCCUGACAUCAGAGCCGAGAGCGGAGAGGAUUUACGCAGCAAACUCACAAACUUCACAUUCAAGCCCAGAGAGAGAAUGACUCAUGCCGAUCAGUCGGUUGCGAAAGCGAGUGCCAAAGUGGCGGUGCAUGAGGGAGCGAAACCUACCGCACCUCAGAUGCCAGAAACACGGGCCGAAAGUGGGAAUCGGUCAAGCUCACGUCGUCCAGCAGAGGGCAGCAGAGCUAAUGAGAAACCCCAGCUAGGAACUAACAAUAAAACCAAAGACGUUUCCUCUCAGGUCUUGAAUGAUGUGAGCACAGCUCAGAAAGGGACGUCUGAGGACACUGAACAUCAACAACAGCUGCUGUCCAGACUCAACAGCCACUCUCCAGGUGAGAAUAAUGGCAACACUAAUAAACACCCACAAUCCCCACCAAGGACAGACCACCCAAAGGUGAAGGUGGCCAGUUCAACUCUGGCCAAACUUUCUAGAUUCUCUUUUACGGGCUCAUCUGAGGAAAACACUGGUGAUAAAACAGUCCCAGCUACACACGGCAGUACAAACAAAGUGCCAGCAAACCCGCUUUCUGAAGACCAGGAGAACACAAGCACACAGACCAGGAAAAAUAUAACCACAGAUGCGAAGGCCACCACUAUGCAGACAGGCAACAUGAGGACAGAGCCCUCCGACAGACAGGAAGAAGCCGGAGAGAACGCUACAAAGAAGAGGAGAUGUUUUGAGUUGGGCUCCGGAGGCCCCGCAGGACUCCUCAAAGGUUUAUCACUGUUUGGCUCGUCUGUCAUAGACGAUGAAGAUCUAGAUGCUGACUGGAUCUGAUGCAGCAGGAGACGUUUGUCAUGUGUAUUAGCAGUAUAUGUAUUUUUUGUGUUUAUUUGUUCAUUUAAAUGCAGUGUGAUGUGUUUUAAUGGCUAAACAGAUUCUGAUGUCACAGUAAAAAGAGUCAAUUUGCACUUUUGUUUUCGUUUAGUAAAUAUCAGUUACAUUUUUAUGUCUGGUUUU